AAACAAAGCCCAAUUAUGAAGAAGGUAAAGUAAAAAACAUUGUUCAAACACAUAAUCAAAUAAAACGAACCGUACCUUUCUUUAAUCAAAUAAAGGAACCUUCCAACGGCUAGUUUCCAACGGUCGAAUUUGAUAUGCCCUCUCAUCUUUGCCCUUUAAAACAUACUGUUUUCUUUCCUUUCCCAUUAACUUUAUUGCUUUCUGUUUAAGGUUUUGUGCAGCUUCCUUCAAUCGUGCUUCAAGAAAAGUUUACUUUCCGGCGACCCAAAUCUUUUUUCCUGUGACUUGCUUGAUUAAUUGAGUUAAAUGGAAACGCCUUCAUCAACCAGAAGAGUCACCAGGUCACAGACUUUGGCUGCAUUGAACAACAGUAUCCCAGUUUCCAAAGGAAAGAAUGAAGAGUCUGAGAAGAGUAUGUCGAAAACAAGAACUAGAAAUGGAAAACAGCAACAAGAAAGGUCUGCUCUUAUUGAUAUAACAAAUGAUUCACCAAUUGUUGGGCUUGCAAUGGAGACACCAUCAUCUGCUAUAGCUAAGCAGAGGACUAGUAGAGCCAAGAACAUGAUGAUGACUCCAGGUUCUGGUGAGGCUUUGCUAAGAGGUCAAGUCAAGACUCUCUUGCAAAAGGUUGAAGAAGAAGCCGAGCUUUCAAAAGUUUCACUGGAGAGGCGUCCUUUUCUUCAUAUUCAAGGCUGUGUGAAUUCCCCGGUGGCACUUCUGGCCCCUACACCCGCAAAUACACCGCAGGUCUCAAAUCUUUCUGAGGAUGGAGGUAUUAACAAUAGCGGAUUGGGUUCAAUAGUAAUGGCUCAACCUGUUGCUGAAGAAGAGUUGAAGAUUUCUGAGGUGGUGAGUGGCAUCUUUGAUGGAAUGAGGCAAGAACUGAGUCUUGAAUCCCAGAAAAGUCCCAUAACUAGGUCUUUGCUGCUCGAUUUUUCUGAGAAAUCAGAAUCCUCAGAUUCAUCAGAAUGCUAUUCAGUGGUGACCGAUCAGGGAGUGAUGGCUGGAGAAAGUAGUGCAUGCAAAGAGAAGCCAUCACCUGAUGAUGACAACGCAUCUCUUUGGUCAAUCCAGGUUAAUGCAAGCACCUAUGAUGAAGAUGAGGAAAAAAUUGAAGAAAUGGGAGAUGACUACUAUGAAGAUGAAGAUGAAGAAGAAGAAGAAGAGGUAGAAGAGGAUGAUGGAGGAUUAGUUGAUAAGCUGUGUGAAGGUUUAAGCAAGAUAAGCAUGAAAGAGAUAUUCACAGGAAAGCACACAAGAUUUGUAUGCAACAGUGAUGAUGAGAUUGAAGGGGAAGAAGAGUGUGCAGAAAGUGAUGAUUCAGCUGGCGUCUCCCUUGAUAUAAUACGCUUGAAGGGCUUGCCAACACCGAAAGGGAAGCACCUACGCUUUCCUCUGGAGGUGCAAGAAGAUGACUGAUAACUUUUUGGUUUUUAUGGUGGGUAUUUGUUUGGUUGUCUUUCUUGACACCCAUCUCUGGACUUCUUUUUCUCAUUCACAACUUACUUUUGUCAUUUCUCCAAAAAUAAAAAAAUAAAGGGGAAAAAAGGUCUAGAUUGUUUCUGGGUA